GGUUUCUUGUUACAGUUAGCAGAAAUGGUGAACCUUCAUUUCUUGAGUCUGAUGGAAGCCCUUCAGGAAUGUAACUCUAGUGUUCUAGCUAAGCUGUUUCCCAUGUGGACAUCAAUACUGUAUGCCUAUCACGGUCAGCUGCCAGGUCACCUACAGGUUCGUCUACAGGCAGUUCAAAACUGGCAGCCACCAGCACCUGCUACUGAACAGACAUGUAUCAACUCUAACAUCCUUCUCACAUGGUUGAAGCGGAUACAGUUUAGGUUAGGACAGAUUGAAGUGCAGUCGUCUGCUGCAACACAGUUCUAUACAGUGUAGAUCUCAAAGAUAUUAACACACUUCAGCAACUAGAACAUUAUACAAUUCCUGUUCAGAGAUACACACCUGACCCUUGGAGUUGCUGAAGUUGUCUGUUGCAAGUGUUGCCAUCUGGCUUUGCCAGUUUAAAGUCCAGUUGUUUGCUGCAGUAUUGCUUCUUGCAGUAUAGACUGCAGAAAAUAUUCUUAGAUAAUUUGUCUUGUUUAAUUAUUUAAAGGUAUAAUCUUAUAGUUAAAUGUGUUCAGUUAAAAUUUACAUGUUUUAGAAAAAGUUUUUUAGUGAUUUAUAGAUUAAGGUUGGAAAUGGAAUUUGUAGAAAGAUGGUACAUUUUGUUAGUCAUUUAAGAGAUGUGAUAUAUAGAAUCGUAGUUUAUCUGUUACUGUUUUACAUGAUUAUAUUUGAAAUAGCGUUGUUUUAGAGACAUUUAUGUUUUAAAUUUGUGAAGAAAGCGGGCUUUCUUUGUGAUAGUGCAAUUGACCUGUAUUGAUUUUUUUGAAUGGGUUUUCUUAUUAGAAUGAUAUUUUGAUAGCAAUGGUAUUACCUGUUAAGUUGGAAAUAUAUCUUUUUAUCAAUCUAGCCAUUCACCUGACAAAAUUUAUCGGUAUUAGUCGUUACAAAAAUUGCCAGAUUUUAGCUUGGUAUAUAUUUAAACCAAGUUUGAAAAUAAUGAAAUAAUGUGAUAUACACUCGAAGGUUAAUGGUUUUUAUAGUCCUAUUCUUGUGAAAGUUUCCAAUUCCUUAUUUCACACUCGUUUUCUUUAGAAUAAUUCGUUUCAGAAGAUAGUUUAACUACACUCGAAGGUGUAAUUGAAUAUUGAACAUUUUGUUAGAGAUGUGAUUUAGUUUUCACUUUUUCCCCUUUUGACUCUAAAUGUACUGCAGAAAUACAAUUAAAUGGGUGUUCAAACAUUUUUGUUGUACGUAUCUUACUUGAUUGUACUCUCUUAAGGACAUCAUUCUGUUCUUUUAAGUUCAAAUGUUCAUGUUAAAUAGCAAUGCCAAAAUACUCGAAUACAAUUACUUCGUUCUAGUUACACUUCAAGCUCACAUUUCAAAUAACUCCAUUUAAUUCCAAAAGCUAAGCUUAUUACAGUAAACAUAAUUCCAUUCAAAAUAAUUUCAUUAGUCAGGAUCAGCAUAACAUAUAUUUAUUAUGUACACUUAAAACAUUCAUUUUCUGUUAAAUUGAUUUUGACUAAAUUAAAUAAAAUUAUUUGCUUCUUAGUAACAUCCUUAACUUUUUGCCAGAUAUAUUUUUUGCCAUUACUAACCACAAAUCCUUUCGGCGGGGUAUACCAAUUAAUCGAAUUUGCUUGUUACAGAUAAUAUAGGAAGUCAAACGUUUUAUAUUCUAUGAUAUACAACGUUUGCAGCGCAGACCUAUGAGAGAACAUUAUGACAUAAAUUAACCCUGUGAUUUCCUGUUCAUUACAACUUAGAUGAAAUUCAGAAUAAUAUUUUAUCAUUCAUGUUUUAAUGAGCUAACAUGAAUGGAGAUAAACAAUGCUUUAUUUUGGUUUAUUGUCUGAUUAACCAUGGUCGGCAUUACGAUUCUUGGAAAUUUGAUCACUCUUGCUCAUGACUUUGUGGUUCAUUCUUUUCUUGUACAUCUUGAAUCAUGGUAAAUCAGGCGAAAAAGAAAGCGAAGGCAAUGCUUAUUUGAUGACUGCGAUAUGAAAAAUCCUAUAUAUUUUCCUGUUGAUAUCAUCUCGACUUUCUAUGCCAUAUGUAAGCCAAAAAUAAUUAUUUUCUUUUUAUCAUCUCCGAAUCAGUUAUACGCCAUGUAGAAUAACUAAUUCGGGCUCCACCCACGUGAAAUUAUUCCACAUGCGUAUAACCUGUUCAUCGUGUUUAAAAAUAUUCGAACACGUUUUUUGUAACGUUACUCCGUGUUUUAUGGGGAAACAAACCUGGUUGUACAAGAAGAUAUAAUUGAUCUGUAAGAUAUGUUGAUUUCAUUAGAUAAGAGAAAUAUGAAUAUAAUAUGAAAAGAAAAGUUUAUAUUGUUAGACAGGCUUACCUAUAGUCAAACUGCAUAAGUACUAUGUAUGACACAAAGGUUAUUUUCGAAAACAUGAGACUAUACAUUAUGUCAAGCAAACCUUAAAAGUUAAAACAUUGUAGUUGUCGUUUUCUUUGUUGUGAAAUAAAGUUUGGAGUGAAAUA